UGUAUCGUUUUGUGUAAUUUUGUCUUAUAAACUCGUCGCAAAUUCAGUGAGAAUGGAUCUUAUAAAGAGUGAAUUAAGGUUCUCGUUCUCUGAUAGGAGACCUCCCAUGUUGAUGUGAGUCUUUGGACAGACUUAUCACCCACUGGAGGAAAUUUCAGAUUUCGUGGUAGCUGACCUUUUUGCCAUUUGCUUCAUUUAAGUGAUUGGAGAAAGUCAUCCAUGGUGUGACCGAUCAACAAGUCCAGCAUGCAUUCAUCAUAGUGACCAAACAGAUGUGUUUGAGAUUGUGAAAUUGGGAGUCCAGAACUUUUAAAUUGUUAUUGAUCUGGUGCUUGAGUUUCUAUUUCUACCAUAAAGACAAACACUGAUGAUGUGAUUUCUCUAAGUCACGUCUGAUGUGUAUGCUAUGCUGUAGUGCUGUGCAGAACAGAACGAAUAGCGGGAACAGUAGAUAAUCCAGUCUCACAUGAUCUCCAUAAAUAAGUUAUUGCAGUUUCAUUCUCAUUGAAUCGGACACAUCGAUGCGAGCUUUGUUAGUUCUACAGGUGGCUGUAUAUAAGAUACAACAGAGGAGCACGUCAUCGAUGUUGAACUGGCGAAUUUUCAAUGAUAUCAAGAUCAGGAUCUAUUUUUAUUUGGCCGCUGCUCAUUAGGAUCAUUAUUUGCUAAUUUAUUGUGGUGAAUUGCCCCCCUAUAGGAUAGUGGGCCAAUUACAUGCGCUUGUGUUAGCAGUAACAAUGGAGCAAGGCCGGAACUACAUGUAGCUUGCAGUUGCAUUUCAUCUUUUCCAGAUGUAGUCGGAACGUUCUCUUUCUGGGACUUCUGUGAUACUUCAUAUUGUCCAUCCAUAGUGUUUUUCCAUCCAGGUUAUUUCCAUCCAUAAAAGGACAAGUCUUGUCCAGUCCAAUGUAUCCAUAUCAAGAAUGUAGACUUCACCGUCCAUUCUGACUUAGUAUGAACUUAAAACAAGUGUGAGUCGCUUCGGUGGACACAUGCCUGAUGAGAGAAUAUACAAAACUUGUUAAAAUAUUUCAACUAGGUUAUGAAAAUAUUUAUUUUAUAAGAUACAACUCGAGAAUCACCCAGAGGAAUUCAUAGGGUAUUGAAGCAUUCUCCAGAUGCAGAUAUUCGUCCAGAUUCUCCCUCGCCAUUCGUCUAUCCAUCCAGUGACCUCAAGUUCCUUCCAGGCAAUAUCAACAAACUAGAGAAGUAUUUGAGAAAUUUCAAAAUAGUGUCUAAUACAAAAACGCCCAGUGUUGUGUAAAACAUUUACAUCAAGAUUCCAUUCUACGGAAGACAUACAUAAUUCAAGCUCUUGAAGUAUAUUGCCAGAAAUAUUGUAAUUCGUCCAUUAAUGUCCUGCCCUUGAAUCCAUCCAGGUAAACACCUGUGUGAUUUCAUUGGGAAACAAGUGUUCACUUGACAACUGUACCGUCCAUGCUUUUGUGAAGUGGUUGUUUCGAGUAUCAUUUCCAUCCAUUUAACUGGAUCAUUCACUGGAAUAAUUGGUCAAGAAGUUUUAUUAGAGUUGUAGUGAAUUGUAUCUUGUUAUGUGUUAUUCUUAGGAGGAUUUACAUUUACCCUUUUCUUCUGUGCAAGAACGUGACCACAAGUAUAACUAGAGUGAAUUAUUUGUGAUCAACAACCGUCCUUCAAAUCGAAUCAGGUGAACCUGAAUUGAUGUGGUAUACUUUACUGUUGGUCUCAAGAAGGAUAACAUGGUGCAUUUGGAACCAAACUUUCCGAGUUAGGAUACCGUACCAAAUUCAGUAUGACCUUUAGGAUUCCAGUUCUUGUUGAAUUUAUCCAGGAUUAAAACUUCGGCACCAUGAAUUACUACGGAGAGAGGGACCUGAUAAGCUGUUUAAGGAAGCAUGCUCAUGAGAGACUGCCUCAGGAGUUGGACAUCAUCUUCAGUUUCCUGCACGGCCUGGAAGCACUGCGGUCCCUUCGCGAGCCAUCACUGAGGGCAAUAUGCCGCCAUGUCAGAUACGAACACCACCAGGCUAAUUCUAUUCUCUAUUGUGCUGGUGAGAUGAACACUUGUUGGUACAUCCUGAUGGCUGGCUCUGUCUUCAUCGAUAACUCCAUGUAUCUGCCCAGAAGCUGCUUUGGCAAACGCACUGCCACGAGUAACCGUCGUCCCAAUGAGUGCCUCGUAUUGGAACCGUCAGAUAUGAUAGUGAUUGACUAUCCUGAUGUGCACUUGAUGAAAACGAGUCAACAACCGCCAUGUGCGAAUAUGAAUUAUGAUCAAAUGUUACCUAAUAAUCACAAUGAUACCCAGAUGUCACAUGAAGUAAGGAGCGCAAGGGGCAGACACGCCUCCGAGGGGUGUAUAGACACGCUGGAGUUACCCGUGCCUAUGCUGCCUCGACAUGAUCAGUUCCAGCGUACUGACCAAUACCUCAAGAGAAACUCACGCGCCAGUGACACGUCGAGUGCGUACUCUGGCUCCGACAUGAUGCAGUCGUCCAUCGAUGACCAAGAUAUGACCGUGGAUCUGAGCGGAUUGGCCGAGAGUUUGGUUGAUUCGGAUGACGAAGAGGGAAGUUAUGCAGAGUCAAAUGAUUCGUAUGUGGUGCGAGAUACGGUUAGGGAAUGUCUUGAAAAGGAUCCCGCAGACAGGAAUGAAGAUGAUAUUGAGAUACUGCUGGAUUUCAUGCAGCAUUUUCCCGCAUUUAUGAAUAUGACAUUGGCAACAAGACGCGAAUUCUGUGCCGUCAUGGUGUUUGCCGUUGUUGAAAAAGCCGGGACUAUCGUGAUGAACGAUAGUGAAGAAUUAGACUCUUGGUCGGUGAUAUUGAAUGGUCAGGUUGAGAUCGUCCGCCCCGAUGGAAGGAUAGAGGAGCUGACUAUGGGUGACAGUUUUGGUAUCACCCCGACCAUGGAAAAACUCUAUCACAAGGGUACCAUGCGAACUAUGAUCGAUGACUGCCAGUUCGUGUGUAUAGCGCAGGCAGAUUACUACCGGAUUCUCCACCAGGGGGAGGAGAACACCAUCCGCCAUGAGGAAGAAGGCAAGGUUACCCUUGUCACUGAGAAACGUCUCCUUGAUGGCGGGAGGAAGGCACAGAUAACCAUUAGGGCGACCGCUGAGAGACUGAUGACUCACUUGGUGGAUGAGCAUUCAUCCGUCGACCCAACCUACGUAGAGGACUUCCUGCUCACUUAUCGAACGUUCCUCAAGAGCCCAGUGGAUGUAGCCAAUAAACUAUUACUGUGGUUCAAUGACCCCAUUCUAAAGGACAGAGUUACGCGUGUGGUGCUUCUAUGGGUGAACAACCACUUCAAUGACUUCGAGACGGAGCCCGUCAUGAGUGACUUCCUGGAGAAGUUUGAGAAACUCUUAGAACGAGAGAGAAUGUCAGGUCAGAUGCGCUUGCUGAGUAUAGCCUGUGCUGCCAAGGCCCGGCCACGGACUGUAACACUGACGAGGUCAACGAAGGAUGAGAUCCUACACUUCUCGGUGCUUGGUGGCUUGGAACGCAACUGUGGGAUAUUUAUUUCAAAAGUGGAGCGAGGGUCCAAAGCGAAUGAGGCAGGCCUCAAACGAGGGGACCAACUUAUCGAGGUGAACGGAUACAACUUUGAACAAGUCACGCACAUGAGAGCACUGGAAAUACUCCGAGGGACCACACAUCUGUCAAUCACCGUGCGGUCAAAUCUCCUUGGACAGCGAUUUCUUCCCCUCUGUGGUGCGCCCUGGUUUGCCUCCUCGUCAGGUCAGCCCCUUCUUGAUCUUGGAAUAAAGUCAUUCAGGGAUUCCAUUCUUCAGCCAGAAAAUGCCCCAUCACGCCCUCUCAAGAAACACCAAAUCCAGAAACUACAAUCAGACCCACGGCAGAGAUUAUCGGUGCCUGAUCUGGACGGGGUGCCACCGGUCAUCUCCCAACAGAAGGAGAAGAAGGCCGACAAGAAAGACAAGGGCAUGAAUGCGACUCAUAAGACCAAAAUACGGAAGGCUCUCAUGAAGAUGAAUAUAUUACCAAAGAAUGGAAACAGUGAUAACCUUGGCGUGUCAGAUGAGACGUUCCUCUCCAGAUCUCGGGCCUCAUCUGGGUCCUCUCACAGUUCCUCCACGCUUGGCUCACAUCUCAGCGCCAGUAACCCAGACCUCACCUCAUACGCCUAUGCGUUUGACGACUCCAAAAAUGACUUUCCAGAGCAUGUUUUAAAAGUGUUUAAAUCGGAUCAGAUGUGUAAAUAUUUUCUUGUACAUAAGGAGACGACGGCUCGGGAGGUGGUCAUGUUGGCCCUUCGGGAGUUUGGAAUAACAGAUCCAAGCAGUAAUUACUCACUAUGUGAGGUGAUCGUUGAAGGCGAGAAUUUUAUAAAACAGAAGAGAUUACCAGACCAGUUGUCCAAUCUUCCUGAUCGGAUCGCCCUCAAUGGCAGAUAUUACUUGAAAAAUAACAUGUCAACAGAGACGUUAGUUCCUGACGACAUGGCAGGGGAGCUGAUGAAGGAGAAUGUGAUAGGACUUCUACAGUUAAACAGCACACAGAUCGCUGCUCAGCUCACCCUCGACGACUUCCAGAUAUUCCAGAAUGUUGAGUUGACAGAAUAUGUGGACGAUCUGUAUGAGUUGAAGUCGAGAUUCGGCAUACCAAACUUAAAGAAAUUUGCUGAGCUCGUGAAUCGUGAGAUGUUCUGGGUGGUGACUGAAGUGUGCAGUGAACAAAACUUGAUCAAAAGAUCAAAAAUAAUCAAACAUUUCAUCAAAACUGCAAAGCACUGCAAGGAAUGUAAGAACUUCAACUCGAUGUUCUCCAUCCUGAGUGGACUCGGUCAUGGUUCAGUUUGCCGGUUACGACAGACCUGGGAUAAGGUGCCAAAUAAAUACAUCAAAAUGUUUGAGGAUUUACAAGAUCUGAUGGAUCCGUCGAGGAAUAUGUCUAAAUACAGGAAUCUUAUUCACAAUGAACACCUGCACCCACCUAUGAUUCCAUUUUUCCCCGUUGUGAAGAAAGAUCUGACAUUUAUCCACCUUGGCAACGACUCAUCUGUUGAUGGCCUCGUCAACUUUGAGAAACUCCGGAUGAUUGCGAAGGAGAUACGAGCAAUAGGGCACAUGUGUUCAGCUAAAUAUGUGAGUGGUGACAUGAGUUCCAUGUUCAUCCGACCCGGCAUGAACCUGAACGCCUUCGCCAUGUUCACCCCCUCAGCGACAGUCGCCAGCGUAGCAACCAUGAGGCGGAAGUCUCGACGGGCCUCCACGAUACCAAAUCCCAAGAAGAUGUACGAGGAGGCUCAGAUGGUACGGCGGGUCAAGACGUACCUCAGUAACCUGACCGUGAUCUUUGAUGAGGAGAAGCUGAAGGAGUUGUCACAUCAGUGUGAGGCCCCUGCCCCAAACUUGCGAAAGCGUGACCAAUCCCCAACACUGAGCACAGUGAGCUCGAACUCGGACAACCAACGACCAAAAUUCGGUGCUUCGUCCCCAGAAGCGGUACGGAAGCUGAUGUCUCUAUCUGGGAAAAGUCGGCCAUUGAAUCCGAAACAUGCCUACCUCCCACCUCCAAGUAGUCCCAAUAUUCCUCGACGGCAGGGACAGUUAGGCCCCCAGGGGUCGCCACGUCAGGUCUUACCUCAUCCACAUCCUCAUCCUUCCAUUCAUUUGUCACCAGAGAGUUCAUCGGUGGUCAGUCUCAGCAGUAUGGCACUAAGAAAAUCAAAAACAUCAGGUUCUGUAGGAUCAGGGGAAUCAGACAGCCCAACUAACAGUAUUGGUAGCUAUCAACAUCCAUUCGAGACCGACUCGGGUCACAACAGUGUCACAUCAUCCAACUUUGAUGCACACAGCACAAGUUCUAUCGGCUCGGGUAACUCACCUCCUAUGCCACGGCGGGGUGCACCCCCUACUGUGGUGCACCCAUAUCCAAUUCAGCCAUGUCCGAAUAGGCCUCCCUUACCAUCGUACGAUAUUGCUGUUCAAAACGCAUCUGCCAGAGCAUACAGCCAUUACAUCACACAGCAAUACACACAGAUGAGACCUCCCGUCAUAAGAAGGCCACCUGUCCCCCCUGAUUACUACUCCGCAACUCAGCAGCACUUUCAUCGAAGGAAGCACAUCGCAGACCAUGGCAGAGCUCAUUCUCAUGAAGGGGUGUUGGGCGGGUACUAUCAUUAUGAAUCGUCAGAUUCAGAGGAGCAAGUGACAAUCUGCUGUGAUGAGGAGGGUGAGCGUGAACAAGUGUCUGCCGUAUGACUAGAGCCUAAAUCAUAAGCCAUCAUUUCCCAUUCCAUGGUCUCGUACCAGUCAGCUAUGCACGUGGCAGGCCCGGCCUUGUCUUCAGCUGGACAAUGGUGUUCUUCGACAUCUUCUCCAUGGGGCAGUUGAGUCUUCAUCAGAUGCACACGUCUCCAGCUAAUGCAUCUCUCAUUGGAGAUAUGAUUUAAGUCUGAGGUCAUGCUCAUUGGAGAUAUGAUUCAAGUCUGAGGUCAUGCUCAUUGGAGAUAUGAUUCAAGUCUGAGGUCAUGCUCAUUGGAGAUAUGAUUCAAGUCUGAGGUCAUGCUGAGCUGUUUACUAUUCAUUAGGAGGUGUAGUAUCAUUCAAUGUCAAUGGAACAUUUUCAAGUCGAUAAUUGGAGACUGUGACUUUUAUAAAGUUAUAUUAUUCUAUGGAUGUGCUAUACCUUUCUACAUGUAGUUUCAAUUGAGGUUGUUCUCAUUCUGAGAACUAGCAAAUUUCAAUUGCAUCAGUGGUCAUUGAAGUAAUACUGUCUUAUCAAAAUAUCUAACAUAUGCAUACAUUGUAAAUUCCUCUCAAAAUGUUGUAAUAUUUCGGAAGCUUCCAAAAUAGACCUUUCACUAUGCAGACAAGUUGAUUUUAGUGCAAUAAUUUCCCAAUUUUGUGACUAUAAAAAUCAAAAAUGUUUGCCUAAAGUUUUGCUUGAAAUUCGCCCGAGUUUCUGAUGUUAUUUUGUGACAUCCUGUAUGUAUGGCUUGUGAUAAAACUCUCGGCUUAAAGGGUGUCCAUAGGCAGGAGUCUGGUGGGCCACAGCAAGUUACAUAACAUUGCAGAUAGGUGUCUGCACCAUUCAUGCUUGUACAGAACAGUUGCCUAGUGUUACAGAUUAGUCUGGAUGCUAUAAGUUGGACCUCUCACCUCCUGCCUCACCCCGAAAUGAGAGGACUUGUUUUCCUCAGUAGAUGACCAGGAUAGAUAAGAGAUAAGGAUCAUGAUGUUUUGUUUCUCUGUAAGCUGAAAAGGGAAUGGUUGCUUAUGAUUCCUCGAAAGUGAAAGUGGCGAAUAGCGCCACAUAUUAAAGAGACGAUGACUGUGAUAUUGAAUAUGAAUUAUAAUGUAUUCCAAGAAAUCUUUGCACAAAUUUGAAAGUACUGAAAGCUCCGAAAGUUCAAGUUGUUGUUGUGGUUAGAAGGCCAGUCAUGAUAGUCACGAAAAUGAAUGCAGCAAAGAUGUUUUGGUUUACAGUUGGGGAUUAUUUCAAAGGGGGCAGCACCUGAUUUGUAGACGUUGUGCUGCCAUGUAGAAAGUUCAUUCAGGAAAGUGUCUUUGAGAGGACCUUAUAAGGCCUGCGAUAUCAUUUUAUGGAUGCAAGUCUUAACUUAAUGCAAGAAGGAUUUUAAGAGUGAUAAAUUCAUAGCACUUUCUUACUCCAAACUUAUUCCCUAACUUUUUAGAAGGCACUGUACAAUUCAGCCCAUGUAAACCCUUUCCCACAUAAGGUGAGGUUCUAAAGUGGGGAUGGAUGUGGACAGGUGUGUACGUCCGCAUUUGUUGUGCAGUUUUGAUUUCUGCCUGGAGUGCCACCAAGAUAGUGGUGAUAACGGUUCUAAACCAAUUUGUCGGUGUCUUUGAAAGGGUUGAUAUGGGCACCUCUUCAGAAAUCUUUCAAUGUCGUGUACAUAAGGCAUAACCACGCAUUCAUGUAGCUUAUUUCGAGGUAUUCAGCGGAAUCGUGUUCAUGUGUUAGAUCUAGAGUUGGUCUGCCAUUUUUUAUUAGCGACAAUGGUGUCUGAAGAGCUGGCAGCAUAGGGAGUAGGGAUGACCCCAGUUUUCAUCUAGAGGUUGAGUCAUUACAAUGUUGGUUAUUGUAAGUUGUCUUAAUAAUUUUCCAUCUUUGGGAUCAUUCAUUUGUAUCAUUCUAACUGGAUUGGUUCCAAGUAUCUCCAACGGCUAAUCAAAUGUGAGAUAUUUUCUUAGUAUUAUGGGAUGUCUGCUUCUCGGCAGGGCAUUUGUGAUUGGUUGAGUGCCAAUUGCCUUCCUGCAGUGACUUGUUGAAUUAUUGUCUCUUGACCAAUCAGAGACGAGACAUGACAUCAAGUGCCAUUAUGUUUGACAGAACAAAAUCACUGCAUUAUGAAUAUCAUGUGAUGUCAAAUGAAAAGACUUAUCGACUCUUUAUUAUUGAAGAUUGUGCUACACAUGCAAAAUUGGUGAAUUACCAAAUUUUCUUUAAUGAACUUUUUUUCCCAGUUUAGGAAUUUCUGUUUAUGGUGCUUCAUUAUGUAUAAAAGUUCAUGUAAUCCUUCAUAAUGUAAAUCAGGCUUGCUAAACAGGUCUGAUUGUAUGUAUAUGUAUUGUCUAUUUCCUUGUAUAGUUUGUUCUAAUAUUAGAUGUACAUAUUGUAUAUGGAAUUAUGUAAAAUAAAUAGCAAGUUUUAUACUGUGAGUAA